AAUUUCUUCCCUUUAAUUCCUUUCAUUUUUGCUCCUUCUGUUAACCUUUUUCCCCUCCACCCCCUCUCUCUCUCUUAACAAACUUCCUUCUCUUUCUGUUUGGCUCUAGAUUUCAUCGUCUCUAUCAUCGCGCUCCGCCCAAGGGAAAAGGAACAAGGAACAAGGAAGAAGAAGAAGAAGAAGUAUUGGUUACGUUUCUAAUUUCUUCAAGUCAGCAUAGAGGAUUAUCGCGUAUUUGAAACACAUUUUUCCUUCCUCAAAGGUCGGAUAGCAAAUAAUGUUGGGCGAAAUUUUAUAAAUGCUGUGCUGCUUUGACAAUGAAAAGUUUUCAGGAAGACUGCGCUUGAUGGACUGCUCAGCAAACAGUAGCGACAAAAAAACAUUGAAGCGUUGGUUUUUCAUUGAUAAAAGAGUUGGAUAGAUUAUUUGAGCAUUAAUUUCGAUUUGAUCGAGCAUCUCUCUCAUCACUCCACUAUAUUACAAAAUCUUUUUCUCAUAUUAAGUUGCUGUAUGGACUUGACAUCAAAUCACGCUUCUCCUGUUCUCACUGAACCUGCACCAAUGAAUAAAUCUAGACUAGGAAUCCAUUCUGCUAUUUUACCUUAUUCUCAACCGGCUGGUUCCUUUUCCCCAAGUAAAUAUAUCACAAUUCCAAGGAAAAAGUCUGGAAAGUUUGAUGAUGUAUGGUCCAAUGGUUGGUUGGAUGCAAUGAAGUCCUCUUCUCCUCCUCGGAAGAAGCUAAUUAAGGAUUUUGAUGUUGAGUUCGCUUCAGACGAUGAUACUGAUGUUGCUUACAGCUCCUGGAUGCUAAAAUAUCCUUCAGCACUUGACUCUCUCGAGCAAAUUACCAGCUAUGCAAAAAAUAAGAAGAUAGCUGUUUUUUUGGACUAUGAUGGGACCCUUUCUCCCAUAGUAAAUGAUCCAGAUUGUGCUGUUAUGUCGAAUGCUAUGCGUUCUGCUGUAAGAAAUGUUGCCAAAUAUUUUCCAACUGCAGUUAUUAGUGGAAGAAGGAGAGAAAAGGUUUUUGACUUGGUAGGACUAACUGAACUCUAUUAUGCUGGUAGUCAUGGGAUGGACAUCCUUGGCCCCGUGAGUCAAACAGUGCUGAAUUCCCAUCCCAACUGUAUUAAAUCUACUGACCAACAGGGUAAAGAGGUUAAUCUGUUCCAGCCCGCAAGGGAAUUCUUACCCAUGAUAGACGAGGUUUUUGGAACCCUCGUUGAGAAGACAAAAGAUAUUAAAGGCGCAAAAGUUGAACACCACAAGUUUUGUGCCGCUGUACAUUACCGCAAUGUAGAUGAGAAAAACUGGCCCACAAUAGCACAAUGUGUUCAUGAUGUACUAAAAGACCACCCACGUUUACAAUUAACACAUGGGCGGAAAGUUUUAGAGAUCCGUCCAGUAAUUGAUUGGAACAAGGGAAAAGCAGUUGAAUUUCUGCUUGAAUCUCUCGGAUUAAACACACGUGAAGAUGUGCUCCCUAUAUUUAUUGGCGAUGACAGCACUGAUGAAGAUGCUUUCAAGAUGUUGCGGGAGAGAAAUCAGGGGUACGGCAUCUUGGUGUCUUCUGUGCCAAAAGAGACCUACGCAUUCUACUCCCUCAGGGAUCCCUCAGAGGUAAUGGAAUUCCUGAGAGGAUUGGUGAGAAGCCGUAAGAAGAAGGUGUGGGGCCAUGAAGCCGGAAGAAAUAAUUGUUGAUUAGGUGAAAAAAA